GUUUGACUAAGCCAGGCUUGGGGAGUCAUUGGAGGAGCCGGCGGAUCGGCACUCGGCGCUGCGGCCUGGGCCUGGCGGGCCUCAGGCGUGGGGAGCGAGUGAGCGACCGGCCGGGAUUUUAGACAGAGUCUGGUGUUUAGCAAUGCCGAAAUCAAACGAUUGCUUUUUCUCCCUGGAUAAUUUGUUUUUCAGCAGCCCAGAUGAAGCUGGAAACUUCCCAGUUAAGGGGAAAUCAUUGGAUUGGUUUCUCCCUCCAGCUCCACUGAUUUCAGAAAUUCCAGAUAUUCAAGAGUUAGAGGAAGAAAUUGAAAGUCAUAAGCUGUUAGGCCAAGAAAAGAUACCAAAAAUGUUAACAUCAAAUUUGAAGAUCAUUAAUGAAGACAAAAAUUGUAUUUCACCAACACAAAAAUUCCAUUUUCCCUAUAAUGUGGGUACCCAGGAUUACCUAAAUGUAGGAGGAUCAAGUAACGAAGACUCAUCCCGUAUUGCUGGCAAGCUGGUGUAUGGCUCGUCUCAGAAAUAUAAAGACCACAUGGGCACUAAGAAUGGUCCUGGUGAUUCAAAAUCACCUAAUGUUGCAGAGGAUAGAGGAGAGGGGACAACAGCCUUCAAGAAAAGCCCAGUGAAACUUACCCAAACAAAGAUAAACAAGGAGAAAUGGAACUGUAGCAACAAUAAACAGAAACUUCAGUAUUCCACAAAUAAAGGGAAAGCAAAAGAUGGGUUUCCUGCUUCUGAAACUGGAGAAAACAUAUUCGAAGUGCCGGCCUUCUCCGUCGCAUCCCAGCCUCAUGACGUUCAAGGUAUAACUCCAAGUGGCUUAGGUUCCUUGAAGGCUGUCACAGAAAUUCCGGCAAAAUUUAGGAGUAUAUUCAAAGAAUUCCCUUACUUCAACUAUAUACAAUCCAAAGCCUUUGAUGAUCUUCUUUACACAGAUAGGAAUUUUGUGAUCUGUGCCCCCACUGGUUCUGGUAAAACUGUAGUGUUUGAACUUGCAAUAACUAGAUUGUUAAUGGAAGUUCCGUUGCCAUGGUCCAACAUGAAGAUUGUUUACAUGGCACCAAUAAAAGCCCUUUGUAGUCAGCGGUUUGAUGACUGGAAAGAAAAAUUUGGAUCGUUAGGCUUGAAUUGUAAAGAACUUACUGGAGAUACAGUAAUGGAUGACCUAUUUGAGAUUCAACAUACCCAUAUAAUUAUGACGACUCCAGAGAAGUGGGACAGCAUGACCAGGAAGUGGAGAGACAACUCUUUAGUCCAGCUGGUUCGACUGUUUCUCAUUGAUGAGGUGCAUAUUAUAAAAGAUGAAAACCGUGGUCCAAUUCUUGAGGUUGUUGUUAGCAGAAUGAAAACUGUCCAGUCUUCAUCUAGGGCUUUGCAGAAUGCCAGCCCUGUCCCUAUGAGAUUUGUAGCUGUGUCUGCAACCAUUCCCAAUGCUGAGGACAUUGCAGAGUGGCUUUCGGAUGGUGAGAGACCUGCCGUGUGUCUGAGAAUGGAUGAGAGCCACAGACCUGUGAAACUUCAGAAAGUGGUGCUGGGCUUUCCCUGCGGCAGUAGCCAAACGGAAUUUAAGUUUGACUUAGCCCUCAACUAUAAAGUGUACAGUGUGAUACGGACUUACUCCGAUCAGAAGCCCACACUUGUGUUUUGUGCAACAAGGAAAGGUGUGCAGCAGGCUGCUUCUGUUCUUGUGAAAGAUGCUAAAUUUAUUAUCUCCAUGGGACAGAAACUCAGGUUACAGAAGUCUGCGUAUUCUAUAAGGGAUUCGAAACUUAAAGAUGUUGUGGUGUAUGGUGUCGGCUACCACCAUGCUGGGUUGGAGCUGUCCGAUAGGAAACUGGUUGAAGAACUGUUUACUUCUGGAGAUCUCCCAGUUCUUUUUACCACGAGCACUCUUGCCAUGGGAGUGAACUUGCCGGCUCACCUGAUAGUUAUAAAGUCUACCAUGCACUACAUUGGAGGCAUGUUUGAGGAGUACAGCGAGACAGACAUCCUGCAGAUGAUUGGGAGAGCCGGCAGACCUCAGUUUGACACGACAGCUACUGCAGUUAUUAUGACCCGGUUAAGCACAAGAGAGAAGUACGUUCAGAUGUUAGCAUGUAAGGACACCGUAGAAAGCAGUUUGCACAGACAUCUGAUCGAGCAUUUAAACGCAGAGAUAGUGCUGCAUACCAUCACAGAUGUGAACAUUGCUCUGGACUGGAUCCGGUCAACCCUCCUGUACAUCAGAGCUCUGAAGAACCCGUCGCACUACGGUUUUGUAUCUGGAUUGAACAAAGAUGGAAUCGAAGCGAAAUUACAAGAAUUGUGUUUGAAGAAUCUGAAAGAUUUAUCAUCACUGGACUUAAUAAAGAUGGAUGAAGAUGUUUAUUUCAAACCAACAGAGGCAGGAAGACUAAUGGCUUGGUACUAUAUUACAUUCGAGACAGUGAAGAAGUUUUGUACAAUCAGUGGAAAGGAAACUUUAUCAGAUUUAAUUUCGAUGAUAGCCAGCUGCAAUGAGUUCCUGGACGUGCAGCUGAGGACGAGCGAGAAGAGAGCACUGAACACUUUAAACAAAGACCCGAACCGGAUCACCAUCAGAUUUCCAAUGGAAGGGAGAAUUAAAACAAGAGAGAUGAAAGUAAAUUGUCUCAUACAGGCUCAGCUGGGAUGCAUUCCUAUACAAGAUUUUACUUUGACACAAGAUACCUCAAAGAUUUUCAGAAGUGGCUCACGAAUUGUAAGAUGGUUGUCAGAUUUUGUGGCUUCCCAGGAAAAGAAGUUUGCUGUGCUUUUAAACAGUGUGAUUUUAGCUAAAUGCUUUAAGUGUAGGCUUUGGGAAAACUCUCGACAUGUAUCUAAACAGCUGGAUAAAAUCGGCAUAUCAUUGUCAAAUACCAUGGUAAAUGCAGGUUUGACUUCCUUUAAAAAAAUAGAAGAAGCAAAUGCAAGAGAAAUUGAACUGAUUUUAAGUAGACUUCCGCCUUUCGGAACCCUGAUAAAAGAAGCUGUGAUGUAUCUACCAAAGUAUGAACUUGAAGUGGAGCAGAUUUCUAGAUACAGUGACACCAAGGCCGAGAUAUUGGUGACUGUUGUAUUAAGAAACUUUGAGCAGCUACAGACCAAAAGAACAGCACCAGACUCUCACUACACUACCUUAAUCAUAGGCGAUGCAGAUAAUCAAGUCGUUUUUAAGCACAAAAUUAUGGAUUCUGUUUUGUUAAAAAAUGGAAAUUGGGCUAAAAAAAUUGAUGUGAAGAGAUCGCUUAUAUCUGAAGAUCUUAGCAUUAAUCUAAUUAGUUCUGAUUAUGUUGGUCUUGAUAUUCAGCAGAAAUUUACAGUCUUUUAUUUAGGCCCCAGGAGGUGUGUAAAUCAAACAGUUAUGCAAGGAAGGUUAGAAACAGACAUUUCUCAUCCCAAGCACUCAAACAGAGCUGCUGCAGCAGUGUACAAUGAAGGUAAACAGCACUAUUCAUUUCUGCUUUCCAUAACAUCAGUGUGGCCUGCAGGGGGUUACCACAAGAUCACUCUCUCAAUUGCUGGUCUCUGGGAUUGCGUAUUUAGGCUUCAGAUAAUAACAACAUACUAAUAAUAUAUAGUAGUAAUUAUCUGUUACGAUUAAUAGAGAUGUUAGUUGAGCAACACUUUAUUUGAUCAGUCUUUAUAUACAUUAUCCGUUUUCACGUGUAUUUCACUUUUUGGGUCAUUCUCUGGGGAGGAUGGUGAUGUGUGGGAGUCCUCAGACUUGAUGAAGCAGACCAGAGUGAAAAUGAAUUUAGCUUUUUACCAGGAGUAAUUUUAAACAUACAUAAAGUGUGUAAUGAACUCCUGGAUACUCAAUAGCCACCUUAAACAAGAAUCAACUCAUAGCUUUUACUGUGUACCUAAUGUCUUGUUCAGUUUUCACCGUUUGUAAUCUGAAGCCAAUACCAGAUAGUGCACUAUUCCCAUGUAAAUGUUUCAUUGAAAAUUUGUAAAUGGUAACGAUUUUUAAAGCUAUCUUUUACACAUAAAAGUUAAUGCCAUCCAUUACUUAGUCAGUGUUCAAAUUACUGUCUCAUGGCCAUCUAAGGACUGUGUCUGUCAUCUUGCUAUGACGUAGGUGUGCAAACUCUGGGCCCUUUCGGCUCGCGGCUAGUCAUUUCAGCAGGUGUUUGACUGCACCACGGCAGGAGUAGCCAUGCGAAUCGCAGGAGUCUG